UCACUACCUGCCCCAUUGCCCUGCGACCUCCUACCGGCCAGGCCCCUGCCCACGCUGCCGACCUCCUGUUCAUGGGGCCCUGCAGCAACCCACGCCUGGGGCUCCCCGGGGUAGAGUUGCCCCCCCAGCCCCCUAAGAGGAGGAAGAAGAGAUACCUGCGGCAUGACAAGCCCCCCUACACCUACUUGGCCAUGAUCGCCCUGGUGAUCCAGGCCGCACCUUCCCGCAGGCUGAAGCUGGCCCAGAUCAUCCGUCAGGUUCAGGCCGUGUUCCCCUUCUUCAGGGACGACUACGAGGGCUGGAAGGACUCCAUCCGCCACAACCUCUCCUCCAACCGAUGCUUCCGCAAGGUGCCCAAGGAUCCUGCGAAACCCAAGGCCAAGGGCAACUUCUGGGCUGUCGACGUGAGCCUGAUCCCGGCCGAAGCGCUGCGGCUGCAGAACACGGCCCUGUGCCGGCGCUGGCAGAGCAGGGGCGCUCGGGGCGCCUUCGCCAAGGACCUGGGCCCCUACGUGCUUCACGGCCGGCCCUACCGACCGCCCAAGCUGUCCAGUCCGCCCACCCCCCAGCCGCCCCCCAGUGAGGGCUUCAGCAUAAAGUCUCUGCUGGGGGACCCCGGGAAGGGAGUGCCUCGGAGCAGCCCAGGUCCGGCAGGUUCCCUUCCAAAUACACGGGAAGUGGUGCCCACGCCGCCCCUGCCCUCUGAGAGGCCCCCGUGGCCCCUGUGCGCCCUCCCCGGGACUGUGAGGGUGGAAGGGGAGGCUUCCCACGGGGGAACAAGCCGGCGGCCUUCACCCCUCUCCCCUGAGCCCAGAGCCUGGCCUCUCCACUUGCUGCAGGGCACCCCCGACCCUGGGGGACUGUCUGGUGGGGGUCACGGGGCCUCACUGUGGGGGCAGCUACCCACCUCCUACUUGCCCAUCUACACCCCCAACGUGGUAAUGCCCUUGGCCCCACUAGCACCUACCUCCUGCCCUCAAUGCCCACCCUCGACCAGCCCAGCCUACUGGGGAGUGGCCCCUGAAACACAUGGCCCCCCAGGCCUGCUGUGGGACCUAGAUGCCCUCUUCCAGGGGGUGCCACCCAACAAGAGCAUCUAUGAUGUGUGGGUCAGCCACCCCCGGGAGCUGGCUGCCCCCACUCCAGGCUGGCUCCUCUCCUGGUACAGCCUGUGAGGCUCCCACACUGGGCCUGCUUCCCUCUCCCAGCCCCACCCCCUCCUGCCAUUGACGUGGUGAGGGGAACCAAGGCCAAGAGGACCAAGAAGCGUGGCCACGGUUGCCUUGAAACACCAGGCCCCAGCCAUGCCGAGAGUC